AUAAUUAUCAUUACAAUGUAAAUCGGGUAAAUAAAAAAUAUACAUAGUUUCUUUUUGCGUAUCACAAAUAUAAUAUCACUAGACAAAAAUAUUUUAUUAACCCUAGUUCAACAUAACCUCUUUUAUUUGGUGUGUAGCGAGAGACGGUAUGUGGUCUUGUAGAAAAUCUAAAAAUUUAACAAGAAUCGUUUAUAUUAUAUGAAAUAUACAUGUAGUAGUUUAAUAUAAAUAAAUAAAGAGCGAUUAUAUACAUCAUAUUUUUAAUAAAAUAAUUCAUUGUCACAAUUAUAUUACUAAAAAAUGUGUGAUAAAAUGUGUUGUUAUUAAUUUACUCUUAUAAUCAUAUAUCAAUUAAUUUACAAUAUAUUUAUAAUUUUAGUUUAUAAAAAUGGCUAUUCGACCAGUGUAUAGACCUACAAUUGUGAAAAAGAGGACGAAAAAGUUUAUUCGUCACCAAAGUGAUCGUUAUAGUAAAUUGAAGAGAAACUGGCGUAAACCUAAAGGUAUUGAUAAUAGAGUUCGUAGGCGUUUUAAGGGACAAUAUUUGAUGCCCAACAUUGGUUAUGGUAGCAACAAGAAAACUCGUCAUAUGCUACCAACAGGUUUCAGAAAAGUUUUAGUACACAAUGUUAAGGAAUUAGAAGUCUUGAUGAUGCAAAAUAGAAAAUUCUGUGCUGAGAUUGCUCAUGGAGUAAGCAGUAAAAAACGUAAAUCCAUUGUUGAACGUGCUCAGCAACUUUCAAUAAGAGUAACUAAUGCCAGUGCAAGAUUACGUUCUCAAGAAAAUGAAUAAGAACAUAUUCUUACUUGGUUUAAUAAUAAAAUAUUUAAAGUA